GAAAGCAGCUUUUGUUUUAAUCAAGUAAUAUAUGUGCCUUGUUUAAUGAGCAGACAGUACCAAUAGACCUUGAGCGAAGAGAAGCUGUUCCCUGUCCCCUUUUCUCUUUGCCUUUUUUGAGGAGAGGAGAGGGUGUGUCAGGCUCCUAUUCUGGAAAGACUUAGUGGGAAUCUUGAUGUGCUCCUGGAGCAGAGGCUGAGUCGGACCGCUGUGGCCUCGGGCACCAGGGGCAAUGGCGCUGCAGCUCUGCACCCUGAUCCUCUUGGGCCUGGUGGGCACCAGUUCGAGCCUGCGGUCCCGCAAGCUGGACUUCUUCCGCAGCGAGACGGAGCUGAACCACCUGGUCGUGGAUGAGGCGUCGGGCGUGGUGUACGUGGGGGCGGUGAACACGCUCUACCAGCUGAGUGCAGAUCUGCGGCUGGAGCAGCAGGCCGCCACGGGCCCAGCCCUGGACAACAAGAAGUGUACGCCGCCCAUCGAGGCGAGCCAGUGCCACGAGGCCGUGCUGACCGACAACGUCAACCAGCUGCUGCUCCUCGACCCGCCCGGGCACCGCCUCGUCGAGUGCGGCAGCCUCUUCAAGGGCAUUUGUGCCCUGCGUGCCCUGAGCAACAUCUCCACGCGCCUCUUCUAUGAGGACGGCAGUGGCGAGAAGUCCUUCGUGGCCAGCAACGACGAGAGCGUGGCCACCGUGGGGCUGGUGAGCACCACGGGCCCUGGUGGCGAGCGCGUGCUCUUCGUGGGCAAAGGCAACGGGCCCCACGACAACGGCAUCAUCGUGAGCACCCGUCUGCUGGACCGGGCCGAGGGCAGGGAGGCCUUCGAGGCCUACACGGACCACGCCGCCUACAAGGCCGGCUACCUGUCCACCAACACGCAGCAGUUCGUGGCCGCCUUUGAGGACGGCGCCUACGUCUUCUUCGUCUUCAACCAGCAGGACAAGCACCCGGCCCAGAACCGCACGCUGCUGGCGCGCAUGUGCAAGCACGACCCCUUCUACUACUCCUACCUGGAGGUGGACCUGCGCUGCCACGACCCCAGCGACACCCAGGCUCCCCCCUUCGGCACCUGCCUGGCGGCCUCCGUGGCCGGGCCGGGCGACCGCAGGGUGCUGUACGCCGUCUUCGGCAGGGAUGGCCGGGGCGGCGGGGGGCCCCACGCGGGCCUCUGCCUGUUCCCGCUGGCUGAGGUCCACGCCAAGAUGAAGGCCAACCGCAACGCCUGCUACACGGGCGCCCGGGAGGCGGGCCGCGACACCUUCUACAAGCCCUUCCACGGCGACAUCCAGUGUGGCGGCCACGGGCCGGGUGCCAGCGAGAGCUUCCCGUGUGGCUCGGAGCACCUGCCCUACCCACUGGGCAGCCGAGACGGACUCUCAGCCACAGCUGUGCUGCAGCGCGGAGGCCUGAACCUGACAGCUGUGACGGUGACGGCCGAGAAUGGCCACACCAUCGCCUUCCUGGGGACCUCAGAUGGCCGCGUCCUCAAGGUGUACCUCGCUCCAGAUGGCAGCUCCGCGGAGUACGGCUCGGUCCUCGUGGAAAUCAACAAGAGAAUCAAGCGCGACCUGGUGCUGGCCGCAGACAUGACCAGUCUGUACGCCAUGACCCAGGACAAGGUGUUCCGGCUCCCAGUGCAGGAGUGUGUAAGCUUCCUGACCUGCGAGCAGUGUCGCAGCUCACAGGACCCGUACUGUGGCUGGUGCGUCGUUGAGGGCCGAUGCACCAGGAGGGCUGAGUGCCCGCGGGCUGAAGAGAGUGGCCACUGGCUGUGGAGCCGAGACAAGUCCUGCGUGGCCGUCACGGGGGCCCAGCCCCAGAACAUGAGUCGCCGGGCCCAGGGGGAGGUGCAGCUCACCGUCAGUCCCCUCCCGGCCCUGAGCGAGGAGGACGAGCUGCUGUGCCUCUUCGGAGAGUCGCCGCCACACCCCGCCCGCGUGGAGGGGGACGCCGUGACCUGCAACUCCCCGAGUAGCAUUCCGAGCACACCGCCCGGCCAGGACCACGUGGCCGUGAACGUCCAGCUCCUCUUCGGACGCGGCAACGUCUUCCUGACCUCACACCUGUACCCCUUCUACGACUGCCGGGAGGCUGUGAACCUGGCGGAGAACCUGCCGUGCAUCUCCUGCGCGAGCAACCGCUGGACCUGCCAGUGGGACCUGCGCUACCAUGAGUGUCGCGAAGCCUCACCCAACCCUGAGGAUGGCAUCAUCCGCGCCCACAUGGAGGACAGCUGCCCCCAGUUCUUGAACCCCAGCCCGCUUGUCAUCCCCAUGAACCACGAGACGGCCGUGGCUUUCCAGGGCAAGAACCUGGACACAGUGAAGGGCUCGUCCUUGCACGUGGGCAGCGAGCUGCUCAAGUUUGAGGAGCCAGUCAGCACCCAGGAGCCAGGAAGCUUCCUCUUCCGGACCCCAAAGCUGUCCCACGACGGGAACGAGACGCUGCCCUUGCACCUGUAUGUCAAGUCCUACGGCAAGAACAUCGACAGCCGGCUCCAAGUGACUCUCUACAACUGCUCCUUCGGCCGCAGCGACUGCAGCCUGUGCCUGGCCGCCGACCCCGCCUACAAGUGCGUGUGGUGCAGUGGGCAGAGCAGGUGUGUGUACGAGGCCCUGUGCAGCAACGCCACCUCCGAGUGCCCGCCGCCCGUCAUCACCAGGAUCCACCCUGAGACGGGCCCCCUGGGCGGGGGCGUUCUCGUCACCAUCCUUGGCUCAAACUUGGGGGUCAAAGCAGACGACGUGACGAGGGUCACCGUGGCUGGCCGGAAUUGCACCUUUGAGCCCAAACGGUACUCUGUGUCCACCCGGAUCGUGUGUGCCAUCGAGGCCGCGGAGGCGCCCUUCUCGGGGGGCGUCGAGGUGGAUGUCAACGGGAAGCUCGGCCAUUCGCCUCCCCAUGUCCAGUUCACCUACCAGCAGCCCCAGCCCCUCAGCGUGGCACCAAAGCAGGGGCCACAGGCGGGUGGCACCUUGCUGACCAUCAGCGGCACCCACCUGGACACUGGCUCUGAGGAAGACGUGCGGGUGACCCUCAAUGACGUCCCUUGUAAAGUGGUGCAGUUUGGGGCACAGCUUCAGUGUGUCACCGGCCCCCAGUCGGUUCUGGGAGAGCUGCCCCUGAAGAUUUACUACGGGGGCUCCCAAGCGCCCAGCCCCGGUGUCACCUUCACCUACCGCGAGAACCCAGUGCUGCGGGCGUUCGAGCCGCUGCGAAGCUUCGUCAGCGGCGGCCGGAGCAUCAACGUCACAGGGCAGGGGUUCAGCCUGAUCCAGCGCUUCGCCAUGGUGGUCAUAGCCGAGCCCCUGCAGUCGUGGCGGCGGCGGCGGGAGGCGGGACCCCUGCAGCCCAUGACGGUCGAGGGCACGGAGUAUGUGUUCUACAACGACUCCAAGGUCGUGUUCCUGUCGCCGGCCGUCCCCGAGGAGCCCGAGGCCUACAACCUCACGGCUCUCAUCCAGAUGGACGGGCACCGCGCCCUGCUCAGGACCGAGGCCGGUGCCUUCGAGUACGUCGCCGACCCCACGUUUGAGAACUUCACGGGAGGCGUCAAGAAGCAGGUCAACAAGCUCAUCCACGCCCGGGGCACCAAUCUGAACAAGGCGAUGACGCUCCAGGAGGCCGAGGCCUUCGUGGGUGCCGAGCGCUGCAUCAUGAAGACGCUGACGGAGACUGAUCUGUACUGCGAGCCCCCGGAGGUGCAGCCCCCUCCCAAGCGGCGGCAGAAGCGGGACACCACCCACAACCUUCCUGAGUUCAUUGUGAAGUUCGGCUCCCGGGAGUGGGUGCUGGGGCGCGUGGAGUAUGACACGCGUGCGAGUGACCUGCCGCUCAGCCUCAUCCUGCCGCUGGUCAUCGUGCCCAUGGUGGCGGUCAUCGCGGUGUCUGUCUACUGCUACUGGAGGAAGAGCCAGCAGGCCGAGCGUGAGUACGAGAAGAUCAAGUCCCAGCUGGAGGGCCUGGAGGAGAGCGUGCGCGACCGCUGCAAGAAGGAGUUCACGGACCUGAUGAUCGAGAUGGAGGACCAGACCAACGACGUGCACGAAGCAGGCAUCCCGGUGCUGGACUACAAGACCUACACCGACCGCGUCUUCUUCCUGCCCUCCAAGGACGGCGACAAGGACGUGAUGAUCACCGGCAAGCUGGACAUCCCCGAGUCUCGCAGGCCGGUGGUGGAGCAGGCGCUUUACCAGUUCUCCAACCUGCUCAACAGCAAGUGCUUCCUCAUCAACUUCAUCCACACCCUGGAGAACCAGCGGGAGUUCUCUGCUCGUGCCAAGGUCUAUUUUGCGUCGCUGCUGACGGUGGCGCUGCACGGGAAGCUGGAGUAUUACACGGACAUCAUGCGCACCCUCUUCCUGGAGCUCAUGGAGCAGUACGUGGUGGCCAAGAACCCCAAGCUGAUGCUGCGCAGGUCUGAGACAGUGGUGGAGAGAAUGCUGUCCAACUGGAUGUCCAUCUGCCUGUACCAGUAUCUCAAGGACAGCGCUGGCGAGCCGCUGUACAAGCUUUUCAAGGCCAUCAAGCAUCAGGUGGAGAAGGGGCCAGUGGACGCCGUGCAGAAGAAAGCCAAAUACACACUCAAUGACACGGGGCUGCUGGGGGAUGACGUGGAGUAUGCACCUCUGACAGUGAGCGUGAUCGUCCAGGAUGAAGGGGUCGACGCCAUCCCCGUCAAGGUCCUCAACUGUGACACCAUCUCCCAGGUCAAGGAGAAGAUCAUCGACCAGGUGUACCGCACGCAGCCCUGCUCCCGCUGGCCCAAGGCUGACAGCGUGGUGCUCGAGUGGCGUCCCGGGUCCACGGCCCAGAUCCUGUCAGACCUGGACCUGACCUCGCAGCGCGAGGGCCGCUGGAAGCGCUUCAACACGCUGAUGCACUACAACGUGCGGGACGGAGCCACGCUGAUCCUGUCCAAGGUGUGGGUCUCCCAGCAGCCGGAGGACAGCCAGCAGGACCUGCCUGGGGAGCGCCACGCCCUCCUGGAGGAGGAGAACCGCGUGUGGCACCUGGUGCGGCCGGCGGACGAGGUGGACGAGGGCAAGUCCAAGCGCGGCAGCGUGAAGGAGAAGGAGCGGACCAAGGCCAUCACUGAGAUCUACCUGACCCGCCUGCUCUCGGUCAAGGGCACGCUGCAGCAGUUCGUGGACAACUUCUUCCAGAGCGUGCUGGCGCCCGGGCUCGCGGUGCCCCCCGCCGUCAAGUACUUCUUCGACUUUCUGGACGAGCAGGCGGAAAAGCAUGACAUCAAGGACGAGGACACCAUCCACAUCUGGAAGACCAACAGUUUGCCGCUGCGGUUCUGGGUGAACAUCCUCAAGAAUCCCCACUUCAUCUUCGACGUGCACGUCCACGAGGUGGUGGACGCCUCCCUCUCGGUCAUCGCGCAAACCUUCAUGGACGCCUGUACGCGCACGGAGCACAAGCUGAGCCGCGACUCUCCCAGCAACAAGCUUCUCUACGCCAAGGAGAUCUCCACCUACAAGAAGAUGGUGGAGGACUACUACAAGGGGAUCAGACAGAUGGUGCAGGUCAGCGACCAGGACAUGAACACCCACCUGGCAGAGAUCUCCCGGGCACACACGGACUCCCUGAACACGCUCGUGGCCCUGCACCAGCUCUACCAGUACACGCAGAAGUACUAUGACGAGAUCAUCAACGCCCUGGAGGAGGAUCCUGCCGCCCAGAAGAUGCAGCUGGCCUUCCGGCUCCAGCAGAUUGCCGCUGCACUCGAGAACAAGGUCACGGACCUCUGACCUCCAACUCCUCUGUUCGGUCUCAGGGCGCAGGUGCGUGAUGCCCGGGGCCGGGCUCGGGCACCCUUGGGGAAUGUGGCCGAGUCAGCAGGGUUGACGAGCCCCCGGGCUUCCAAGCGCACGUGGCGUGGCGGGCAGCCCCCGCCUCCGUGUUGGAAGCUACAUGGCCCCUUUCUCCUGAGCAAUAGUGCGGGGCGCCCAGCAGCACCAGCUCCCUCCUGCAGAACCAGCAUCGCCUGGGGUCUCCUUCACGUCUCCCGAGUGAUUCGAAAACGUGCCUUAUACUCCCGGCGCCACGCUGGGUCUCUGGGGGCGGGUCGGGCCUCAGCCCCCUCCCCGAGCACCAGCAGCCACCUCGGAUACCUGGGUUUGGCCCUUUUGGGUGGGAUCUGAGUGCCUGCAGCCCCCGGGACCUAGCGCCCAGACUGCCUUGCCGGGCUGGGGGUAGAAAACCGGUACAAUGCCUUGCUGACCUCGACGGCUUGCCCUGCGGCGCGGGCACUCCGGUGGACUCGGCGCUGGAGACCCCACCUCAAGCUGGACGUCACACGUCAAGGCCCAGGCGGCCAGAAGGGACCCAGCAGACUGGGGGUCCUGGUCUCCGCCUGUCAGACAGGCCGACCUGGAGGCCCUGCCUGGGUCUGGGGAGCCAGGAGCAGCUCCGCCAGGACCGCCCCCGACCCUUUUUGUAAAUCUUGUUCAUUGUAAAUCAAAUACAAUUGUGUUUUUCA